GCUAAGAAGAGAAAAAAAGAAUGGCGGAAUUCCUGUGGACUUUUGGUGUGCAGGAAGUGUUGAAGAAGACGGUGAAAUUUGCAGCAGAGCAAAUUGGGCUGGCAUGGGGCUUCAACGAAGAGCUAAUAAAGCUGAGGGACUCUCUACUCAUGGUGGAAGCUAUUGUACACGAUGUUGACAGAAUCAAAUCACAGUAUCCUGGCGUGAAGCCAUGGCUGGAGAAGCUUCAAGAUAUCGUUUUCGAAGCCGAUGUUCUACUCGAGGAUCUCGCUUAUGAACAUCUUCGACGCAACGUGGAAACCAGCAAAAAGGCGAUGGUAAGUAGUUUCGCUUCAUCUUCCAAAAAUCCUCUUGUUUUUCGUCUCAAAAUGGCCAAUAAAACUAAGGCCAUCGCCAAAAAAUUACACGACCAUUAUUGUUUGGGGAGCGUCGUGGGGCUUGUUGCUAUUACAUCUAAACAAACUGAAACUGAAUCUGAACCAUCUGAUCAUCUAAGCCAGAUGCUAGAGACAGACUCCUUUCUUGAUGAUAUUGGAGUUAUUGGAAGGGAAACAGAAGUUUCUGAGAUAGUGAAUGAGUUGAUUGAGCUGAGCAAUCGGGAAGAAGCUAUGUCUGUUCUACCCAUUGUUGGAAUGGGUGGAUUGGGGAAAACGUUUCUCGCCAAGGCAAUCAUGAAUCAUGAAAAGAUAAUGGAGAAUUUCGAUACAACGAUAUGGGUAUCUGUAUCUGAACCUUUUGUUGUCAAGAAGAUCUUAAAAGUAAUCUUGGAAACCCUUGAUGCUAAUUUUAGUGGUGUGGACAGUAAGGAAGUCUUGCUUAAAGAGCUCCAAAAGUUGUUGCAUGACAAGAAAUAUAUUCUAGUGCUAGACGAUGUUUGGAAUGAGAAUCCUAACUUAUGGAACGAGUUGAAGACUUGUUUGCUCAAGAUCACUCCAAAAUUUGGAUGUGCAGUUGUAGUGACUACAAGGAUGUGCAGUUGUAGUGACUACAAGGAUGAUGAAGUUGCAGAAAUUAUGGAAACGUGUGGCAGGCAUCAUCUGAAAAAAUUAUCAAAUGAUCAUUGUCGGUCUUUGUUUAAAAAAUGUGCGUUUGGAAAUGAGUUGCUGAUAUUUCCCCAAUUGGAUGUUAUUUGGGAAGAACUCGCUAAGAAAUUUGGUGGUAUACCAUUGGUUGUAAAAGUUUUUGGAGGGAUGGUGAAAUUGGACAAGAAUAAUAAUCACAAGGGACUAAAGUCGACUUUGGAAAAUUUGAUGAGAAUUCCAUUGCCGGAUGAAAAAAUGGUUUUGUCCACCAUAAAAUUAAGUGUAGAUCGCCUACCAUCAUCUUCAUUAAAACAAUGUUUUACCUACUGUUCAAAUUUUCCACGAGACUUCUACUUUAAAAAAGAAGAACUUAUUCAAAUGUGGAUAGCACAGAGGUUUAUUCCACUGCCCGAGGAAAGCCAUGUAACAAUGGAGAAUAUUGGAGACAAGUACUUCAACAUGUUGUUAUCUCGUUCCCUGUUUCAAGAUGUUAUCAAGGAUGAUAGAGGAAGAGUUAUAGGUUGUAAGAUGCACGACCUUGUACAUGACGUUGCAUGUUCCAUUUCAAAUUAUCAAGAAUUUAAAUGGGAUGAUUUAAAGGAUAAAAAACCUCAGAGUGACAAAGUUCUUGAAAUUGAUCAUGGAACUAGAAAGUUGCGAGUGUUAACAAUUGAUUGUCAUUAUAAGUUUGCCUACAAUAUCAAAUCCUUCAUUUACUUGCGUGUUCUAAUUGCAAGUUCCUAUUACAUGACUAAAGUACCCGAUUCAAUUGCUAAAUUGAAGCAUUUGAGGUAUUUUGACAUUUCAGAAACUUCAAUAUGUGAGCUCCCAGAAUCCAUUAGCUUACUUUAUAAUUUGCAAACAUUGAAGCUGGGAAAGGUUAAAGAUCUUCCAAAAGAAUUGGGCAAAUUGACUAGUUUAAGACAUUUAGAAUUUUCUUUCCAUUCUUAUAAUCCUUUUCAAUUCCCUCCAAAUUUUGGUCAAUUGAUUCAGCUUCAAACAUUGACUAGAUUUAUUGUUGGGUUUGACAAGGGACAUAAGAUAGAAGAGCUCGGACCUUUGAAAAACCUGAAAGGUAAAAUAAGUCUUUUACACCUUGAGCGAGUCGAAAGUAAAAAAGAAGCGAUGGCUGCAAACUUAGUGGAAAAGGAUAACAUAUCUGAUCUAUAUUUUGAAUGGAAUUGGGGAGAAGAAAGAGAAGCUGGUAAGAAUUACAAUGAUGAUUUGGAUGUGUUAGAAGGGCUGCAACCACACAAAAAUCUUCAAACCUUAGGAAUUCGUAAGUUUCCUGGCAAAAUUAUGCCGAAUGCUAUUUUUAUUGAAAAUUUGGUUGAGAUAUAUCUGCAUGGCUGCAAAAGAUGUGAAACCUUACCAAUGUUGGGGCAGUUAUCAAAGCUCGAGGUUCUUGAAAUUUGUGGGUUAAUUAGCAUAACAAGUAUCGGAGAUGAAUUCUAUGGCGACUACAGGACGACAUGUUUCUUCCCCAAACUAAGAACAUUUGAAAUCCAAGAAAUGGACACUCUACGGCAUUGGGAAGAAAUAGGAGGUGGUAAUGGGAUAUCAAAGUCAAACAAUUUUACAAGUUUUCCUGUGCUUGAAAGCUUGUGCAUUCUUUGUUGUCCAGAAAUGAAGAACACUCCCAACAUUAUUCAAGCUUCACCAAAGCUUCGAUCUCUAGUGAUUUGGGAAUGUGGAGAAUUAACAAAUCUGCCAAAGGGGAUAGAGUUUUGCAGCUCCCUGGAGAACAUGUGCAUAUACCGCUGUGGCAAUGUAAAAUUCCCAUUAAAUGAUCUGCAAAAUAUGCACAGGUUGUGUUUCUUGGGGAUGUCAGAGUUUUCUGAGUUGCCAAAGGGGCUGGCCACCAUCCCCAACUUGAAAAUCUUGAGCGUUCAUAAGGAGCUGCAGAGUUAUGAUUGGAGUCCUGUGGUGCAGCUGGAUUCGCUCCAACAUCUGUUCUUCGAUCUUGAUACACAGCUUGGUUGGCAAGUUGAGCAGUUCCUAAUAUGGUCUUCCACUACUACUUGGAAUUCUGAUACUAAUGGAAGUACUGUUCGAACUCGAAAAUUUGCUGCCUUGUUGUUUAAAGAAACAGUGUUCAGAUAUUUGAUGCCAGUUUCAAAUCUCGCCACCUUGAAGAGUUUGCCAGUUUGUGAGUGUUCGCAGAUUCAACUCGACCACAGAGGUCACUUCGAGCGCGUCAAAGUUUCCCAUCUACCUUGCAGUAACUGUUCCACUCCUCUACUCCAUAUAUCUUAAUUUAUUGGGUAAGCGAAGAAGCACGAACAUGGACACAACAUGUAUCUGUGUCCGACACAUGUCCAGAACGUGUUCAACAUUAAUACUUGUAAAAACAAAGUGCCUGAUAAAAAUGUACCCUUGGUUUUUUUAUUUUGUUUUUAGACCACGAUUUAGUUCUUAUAAAUGUUACAC